AUGGGGUACAUCGCUGCCAACAGGAUCAUCCAUCCUUCAGGAACUCACAUGCUGCAGACAGUGCAAACUGCACGAAUCAUCUCUGUCAUCACCUGGGUUUUUCUCCUGGUUCCAACAGUCGUCUAUGUUAUCAUUUUUUUCAGCUCCCAGGAACCUCUGACCUUUAAUCCUAGCUGCUGCGUUCACCUGUUUACUCCAUCAGUCAGCCUGUUGUUCAGAAUUCUCCACACAUUCUCUGCAAUCAUCUUCCUCUUGGUCUUCAUAUCCACGGUCUUCUUCUACUACAGCAUCUUCUGCAGGGUUUUGGAGGCACAGCAGAAGCAGCUGACCUCCUCUGGCUCUGAGAAGCUGGUGAAGUAUCGCAGGAACGUGUUGGUGCUGGUCAGCAUCUUCUGUGUUUGUUUUGUCCCGUUUCACCUGGUUCAUCUUCCCUUUACGUUUCUGUGGAGCGAUGACUCAGUAGGUCCAGUAUUGUUCUACCUGAAGGAGGUGACCACCAUGGUGUCAGUUUUCAACAUCUGCCUGGACCCUCUUGUUUACUUUUUCCUCAGCAAUACUUUUGGGGAGAAGGUGAGAGCCAAACAUCCGACUACAAACGAGGAGAAUAAGAGCAGCAAGGACAAGCUGGACAUCAUUACAUUAGAACAAGUGACUCAAACCAGUUAG